AAGCUAGCAUAUUGUAUGUUUAGCUCUACUACAUUCCUUCAAAUGAUGAAAACCCCAAAUCUCACUCUAUUCCUUUUGAUCAUUGUCUCUAUGAUCACCUUCAUCUCCAAACCCUCGCACCAAGUUUCUUAUUCCCCUCAAACUUUUCCAGUUAAUGCUAGACUUCACAAGGCUUACCAAGCUCUCCAAGCAUGGAAAUAUGCCAUCACCUCCGACCCGAAUAACUUCACCGCCAACUGGUGCGGCCCCGAUGUCUGCAGCUACAAAGGAGUCUACUGUGCACAGGCCCUUGAUGACCCUGACAUCACUACCGUUGCCGGCGUAGACCUAAACCACGCCAACAUAGCCGGUUCAUUGCCUGAAGAACUCGGCCUGUUAGUCGACAUAGCUCUCCUGCACAUAAACUCAAACAACUUCUGUGGCACCAUUCCUUCUAGCUUUCGUGGUCUUUACCUUCUUUAUGAGCUAGACAUUAGUAACAACCAAUUCUCAGGUUCAUUUCCUUCAUCUGUUCUCUAUCUCCCUUCCCUCAAGUACUUGGACAUUAGAUACAACAACUUUGAAGGUCGAAUUCCGCCUGCCCUUUUCGACUUAAAGCUCGACGCCCUGUUCCUCAACAACAACAAGUUCAAGUGUUCAUUGCCUCAAAACAUCGGCAACUCCACAGUCUCCGCGAUCGUGUUAGCAAACAACAACUUCAAAGGUGGGUUUCCUUCAAGCUUGGCCAAAAUGAAGGAUACGUUAAACGAAGUCGUACUAACGAAUAGUGGACUAGAAGGGUGUUUGCCGUGGAAUAUUGGGUGCUUGGACAAAUUGAGAGUGUUUGAUGUAAGCAAUAAUAAGUUGGAUGGUUCAUUGCCGGAGUCAAUGGGUGGGAUGAAGAGCUUGGAGCUACUGAAUGUGGCAAAUAACGGAUUUUCGGGGCAGAUUCCGGCAAGUGUUUGUUCUUUGCAUAAGUUGGAGAGCUUUAACUCUUCGAGUAACUACUUCUGUGGUCAACCAGAGAUGUGUGUGAGGUUGAGAGAAACAGAUGAUAGGAAGAAUUGCAUUCCAUAUAGGCCAUUGCAGAGAUCGGCAAAAGAAUGCGCAUCAUUUCAUUUCCAUAAUAAACAUUUGGCCAACUGUGGAGCGUAACCAAUUCGCCACCAGCAUGAUUGACAAAGCAUAAAGUUCGAUUACUAGC